GGGUUCUCGGUGUGUCCGAUUAUGACGUAUUGUUUUGUGUGACGUCCUCUGAGGGGGGUGGGGGGGAGAGGAAGAGGCGAGAGCGUCGGUCACGGCCCAGGAGUAUGGAGGGGGCGAGAAGAGGAGCGGUGGCGGGGCAGCCGUACAGCGCCGACAGCUGACUCGCCGGGCGGCCACAGCUUGGCGGGACGUCUGGAGAGGCUGGCUGCGAGGCGGCUCCACCGACGACUUCCAGUAGGGCGCACGGCGAUCGUUGACGAUGUCCUCGCAGUGGGUGUCAGUGGGGAGCCACCUGCGAGGGGUCCUGGACGUGGCCCUCAGGGUCCCCUGCAUCUUCGUCAUUGACGCCAUCUUGAACUCCUACUACGACGGAGACGAGCCGUUGCCCGUGGUGGCUCGGCAGGUAUCGCAGCGGUUGUUGGGUCUUCUUGCAUCGUGCGUUGUUCUCAUCCUAUCCCAAAGAGCUCUCUUCAGACUGUACAUGUUUGGCUGUGUUGUUCUACUUGCUACAACUUCUGUCCUUGUAAACUACUACACCACUCUCCACAUAGACUUCUACAAUGCGUACUACUCCGCAGUGUUUGGGAUGCAGCUAUUGCCGCGCAAUGGUCCAACAUUGUGGUUGGCCCUUAUUGCUGUUCAGCUCACAUUUGGUAUUGGAUAUGCAGCAUUACUCUGCAUUCCAUCAAUGUUUUCUGCAUUAACCAUGGUAAAUUUCCUGCUGCCUAUACUGGGUCUGGCCUUGGAGUUACCAGAAGACUUUCAGAAUCUGUUAGUUGCCUUUUCAGGCAUGUACAUAACAGCACAGACUGUACUUUACAUUACAAUGAAUUUAAAAUGGUUUUAUUAUACAGUAAGAUAUGUCUAUUUGCUGGUACGGCAUAUGUAUCGUAUCUAUGGAUUACAAGUUAUUGUGGAGGACACGUGGAAGAGGAUUCGUUUCCCUGAUGUAUUGAGAGUUUUCUGGUUGACUCGGCUAAUGGCACAGGCCAUCAUUUUAGUUUACGUUGUUAAAGUAACACAGGGUGAGUCAGGGAACAAAAGUUAUUUUAUCUCCUGGAGUGACAGUUGGGAAGUGCUCUGCAAUCUUAUAAUAAGUGGUUGUGAUUCAACAUUGACUGUCCUUGGCAUGAGUGCAGUCAUCUCAUCAUUAGCACACUAUCUGGGACUUGGAAUCUUGGCUUUCAUUGGGUCUACUGAGGAAGAAGAUAAACGAUUGGGGUUUGUGGCUCCAGUUUUAUUUUUCAUUUUGGCGCUACAGACAGGUUUGAGUGGACUGGAACCUGAAGAAAGACUAGUUCGCCUUAGUCGAAACAUGUGCCUUCUGUUGACUGCAAUCCUGCAUUUCAUUCAUGGAAUGACAGAUCCUGUGCUCAUGUCACUUAGUGCCUCCCACGUUUCCUCCUUCAGAAGACACUUGCCUGUUCUUUUGGUUUCCAUUAGCCUUUUCAUUCUUCCAAUUAUACUCAGCUGCACCUUGUGGCAGGUCCACACAUUGAAUACUUGGUUGUUUGCUGUGACAGCAUUCUGUGUUGAAUUGUGCUUAAAAGUAAUUGUUUCCCUCACUGUGUAUACAUUGUUUAUAAUUGAUGGAUAUUACAAUGUGCUAUGGGAAAAACUAGAUGAUUAUAUUUACUAUGUUCGUUCAACGGGGAACGUUAUUGAGUUCAUUUUUGGAGUUAUAAUGUUUGGAAAUGGAGCUUACACAAUGAUGUUUGAAUCUGGGAGUAAAAUUCGUGCCUGUAUGAUGUGCUUACAUGCUUACUUUAACAUUUAUUUGCAAGCUAAGAAUGGAUGGAAAACAUUUAUAAAUCGGAGGACUGCUGUUAAGAAAAUUAAUUCUUUGCCAGAAAUAAGAGGCAGUAGUUUGCAUGACAUUGGUGAUGUGUGUGCAAUUUGCUACCAGGAGUUCACUACGUCAGCACGUAUCACACCUUGCAAUCAUUACUUCCAUGCACUUUGCCUGCGCAAAUGGUUGUACAUUCAGGAUACCUGCCCCAUGUGCCAUCAAGGAGUGUACAUUGAGGAGAAUCAAAGUGAAAGCAUAGUAUUUGUCAACAAUAAUGGAAAUGUUCCACAACAAGCAGUGGAACACUUGGUGGUGGCAGCUGCUGCUGUUGAUGCUGACAGUGAUCUCAAUGAAGACAAUGACAGCAUCGAGUAUGAUGAAGAGGAGUGGGCAACUCAGAAUGGCAAUGUAGGAGUAGUGGAUGAGUACCUUGAUGAUGAUACAGAUGCAAGUGAUGAGUGAGGCUGCUGAUUGUAGAGAUGUUGCAACUUUUAUACAUAUAUUUAAAAAAACUGCCAACCAAACAUCAGGGAAGAAAGUGACUUUGCUUGGGUGAUUGUUCGAAGUCACAUCAGACCAGUGAUCGGAAGGGGAUAGGAAGUGAAAAAUUACAUUCCACUUAUCACUGGAGUGCUGAAUGGACAAAACACAACAGGUGUGAAAAGGCACUGGUUAUGGACAAGUAAUGGUUUCAGCCAACUUAUUUAUUAUGACCUGCUGUAUGGUUUACCUCUUAAACUGCUGGCCUCUUGUGCACCAUAAAUUUGUGUAUACUGUACAUGAAAUAAAAAGUUUGACUU